CCUCCUCCUCCACUUCCUUUUCUUUUCUUUUUUUUGACAGUAUUCUCCUCCUCCACUUCCUUUUUUCUUUUUUUUUGACAGUAUUCUCCUCCUCCACUUCUAAUAAGGUUGUUAUCUUUUUCUUGAGAAUAUUAUAUUAAUUUAAUAAAGUUGUUAUGACUUUAUCAAAAAGAAAAAGAAAAAAUGAAGUUGUCAUCACAACCAUUCAUUUUGAUACUCCUCCAAUAUCCAAACCCCAAAAAAUAAACAUAAAAAUAAAAAGGAAAGUUGUUGACGUACACAGCUGUAAUUAGGCAACGGGUUUAGCCGGUGUCCUGUUGAGUCGGUCUCGCUGUGUAUAUAUAGAUGACCUCCCUCGCCCAUCUCUCCUCAUCAACAUUCGAUUGAUAUAUCAAUUUGUUUCAUACGCAAUUUCUCCCAUCUUCUGCUGCUAGACAUUCUACAAUACAUUUAAUCCAAGAUGCAGAUCUUUGUGAAAACCCUUACUGGUAAGACAAUCACCCUCGAGGUGGAAAGCUCAGAUACCAUCGACAACGUUAAGGCUAAGAUCCAGGACAAGGAAGGGAUCCCUCCGGACCAGCAAAGGUUGAUCUUUGCGGGUAAACAGCUCGAGGAUGGGCGUACCCUUGCAGAUUACAACAUCCAGAAAGAGUCUACGCUCCAUUUGGUCCUUCGUCUUAGAGGCGGUAUGCAGAUCUUUGUUAAGACCCUCACUGGGAAAACCAUCACCCUUGAGGUUGAGAGUUCCGACACCAUCGAUAAUGUUAAGGCCAAGAUCCAAGACAAGGAGGGAAUUCCCCCGGACCAGCAAAGAUUGAUCUUCGCUGGCAAACAGCUCGAGGAUGGCCGCACUCUUGCUGACUACAACAUCCAGAAAGAGUCUACCCUCCACUUGGUCCUCCGCCUUCGUGGUGGUAUGCAGAUCUUUGUUAAAACCCUCACAGGCAAGACUAUCACCCUUGAAGUCGAGAGUUCUGACACCAUUGAUAACGUCAAGGCCAAGAUCCAAGACAAGGAGGGGAUUCCCCCAGACCAGCAAAGGUUGAUCUUUGCAGGCAAGCAGCUCGAGGAUGGCCGCACUCUUGCAGAUUACAACAUCCAGAAAGAGUCUACCCUCCACUUGGUCCUCCGCCUCCGUGGUGGUAUGCAGAUCUUUGUUAAGACCCUCACGGGCAAAACCAUCACCCUUGAAGUCGAGAGUUCCGACACCAUUGAUAACGUCAAGGCCAAGAUCCAAGACAAGGAGGGUAUUCCCCCAGACCAGCAAAGGUUGAUCUUUGCAGGGAAGCAGCUCGAGGAUGGGCGUACUCUUGCUGAUUACAACAUCCAGAAAGAGUCUACCCUCCACUUGGUCCUCCGCCUCCGUGGUGGCAUGCAAAUCUUUGUUAAGACCUUGACUGGAAAGACUAUCACCCUUGAGGUGGAGAGCUCCGACACCAUAGACAAUGUGAAAGCCAAGAUCCAGGACAAGGAGGGCAUCCCCCCAGACCAGCAGAGGUUGAUUUUUGCUGGGAAGCAGCUUGAGGAUGGGCGAACACUUGCUGACUACAACAUCCAAAAGGAGAGCACUCUUCACUUGGUACUCAGGCUGAGGGGUGGGAUGCAAAUCUUUGUCAAGACCCUUACGGGGAAAACCAUCACCUUGGAGGUUGAGAGUUCGGACACCAUUGAUAAUGUGAAAGCCAAGAUUCAAGACAAGGAAGGUAUCCCGCCAGACCAGCAGAGGCUCAUAUUUGCAGGAAAGCAGCUGGAGGAUGGUCGCACUUUGGCAGACUACAAUAUUCAGAAGGAGUCUACCCUACAUCUGGUGCUGAGGUUGCGGGGAGGGAUGCAGAUUUUUGUCAAGACUCUGACUGGGAAGACUAUCACGUUGGAGGUGGAGAGUUCAGACACGAUUGACAAUGUGAAAGCGAAGAUCCAGGAUAAGGAGGGUAUCCCACCAGACCAGCAGAGGUUGAUCUUUGCUGGUAAGCAGUUGGAAGAUGGAAGGACUCUUGCAGACUAUAACAUUCAGAAGGAGUCCACCCUUCACCUUGUCCUGCGCCUCCGUGGUGGUUUCUAAAUUUCUUAUAUGCUUUGUCUGGGUCUGUUGGUUUCUUUAUAAUGCAAUUGGUGGUUGUGGUCUUCGUUGUGUCUACUGGGGUCAAGCAGAGCCCCCCUAAGAAUAUUACUAUGCAACUCUCGUUUCCUUUCUUCAUUAUGAACUUAUUGUUGUGUUGUUUCUCAUAUGAUCGUCUUUGAGCCUUUUGCAUUCAUAGCAGUACGAGUCAAAUCCUGUGUGUGCAACAGAGUUCUUGAUUUGUAUUAACUAGUAUUUGAUAUUUGAAGCAGCUUUCACGCUCU